AGAGCUUGAUCUUAUGCAUUCUGAAAUACGUUCCUUUGGAAAUAUGAGUCUUCUGCGUUGUAACGCCGUGAAGUCUGGUGGAAAUUUUCCGACGUUUCAGAGGUCCUUGCUGCCUGUGUUAUAGCCCUAAUGGCGGUGGCAGUAAACACCCCUGAAACAGCAUUGCCGUCGAGACUACACGCAGCAACGUCGUAGAAGACAGUUACACUUUCGCGGCCAUAAGAACUUGAAAUCUCACGUCGUACUCUUAAGCUAUGUCUACACUCGUGCGCUUUUACGUUCGUCAAGGGCAUGCGUUAUAGCGCAAGCAAUAGGUCACGUAAUGCAUGCGUCUGCGCAUGCCUGAAGAGAGUUGAACGGAAACAGUUUCAGCAGCGCAUGCCUCAUUGCACGUGUUCCCAGCAUGAGAGUGGGUUUUGUUUCAACACGCCGUGCGUCUCGCGUCUCAUUCCUCUAGAAGAUGACGUCUUCGGAAGAAGAAACUUUAUUGUUUAUCGACAUUUACAGGUCGUUUCAACUAUUAUGGGACCACAACCAUCGAGACUACACUAAUAAAACAAAACGGAGCGAUGCUUUGACUGAGAUGAGCAGCAAGUUAAACAUCGACGUGAAAAGUGUAAAAAACAAAAUAAAAAGUUUGCGUUCAUACUUUUCUAAGGAACGCCAAAAAGUGUUUAAAAUAAAAAGUGGUUCGGGCGCUGAAGAUAACUACUCCUCCACGUGGUUUGCGUAUAACUCUCUGCUGUUCAUUACAGAGUCGAUAACACCUAGGGAAAUUACGGAAAGUAACCAAGAAACUACAAAUGCCGGGGAAUACUUCACCGAAAACUAUGAAGAAAAUGACGGAGAAAAACCACAGCCCCACAGAACACUCAAUCACGACGCUGGCAAGAGGAGCUCCAUUCAAAGCGCAGACUUGGCACCAAAGAGGCCUAGGAAAAUGAAUGCAGUUGUGGCUGAAGACAGUAAUUUCAUGACAAAUGUGAACACGAAGACCACUGGAAGAGAUGAGUUUUCGAUUUUUGGUGAACACGUCGCCUUUAAGUUACGAAAUUUAAACGACAGGCGCUCACAAUCCAUCGCACAAUUUGAGAUCAGUAACAUAUUAUUUCAAAUAGAGAUGGGAAUCUUCAGACAUUCAACACACUCCCACAUCAGUAAUGCUUCUCCAGCCAAUCCUGGUCCUUCUACAGUACAGAAUUCUGAUUCAGGUGCAAGAGCUUCACAAAUACUGCCAUCAUCUCACUACUCUGCCUUCUCUCCUGUCGUUCUGUUGCGACCUGGUUCUCUGCCAAUGCCCGAUUCCGGUUCACCAACUCCUCAAGUGUUACAGAUAAUUCCACAAUCAUUACACUCCAAUUCUUCAAUCGCUGAAGACAUGAAAUGAAUCUCUGAAGGCCACAGCUCAGGCACUUUCAGUAAAAGACUCCUGCCCUGCAGUCAUCAAUUUAGUUAAAUGUAUUGUACCUAUCAUUACUACCAUAUCAUGUCUGGUUUUCCCUUAGGUUAUAUCCUACUACUUAUUUCACAUGCAUUUCGUCACUUAUCUUGUGAAUAUUAGUUUCUUUAUUCGUUUAUCUUUUACAUGUUAAGUUGGCAAUGCAAAUAAAGAAUAAAUAAGUGCA